AUGGAGACCGACAUCUUCCUGUCCUCUGUUAGUAAGAAGCUCUCAGGGCUGCUGUCCUCACGUCCCCGCCGUCGCCACGUUCCCGUGUCCUCACGUCCCCACGUCCUCACGUCCCUGCGUCCCCACGUCCUCACGUCCCCGCCGUCGCCACGUUCCCGCAUCCUCACGUCCCCGCGUCCUCACGUCCCCACGUCCUCACGUCCCUGCGUCCUUACGUCUCCAUCACGUCCCCGCCGUCGCCACGUUCCCGCAUCCUCACGUCCCCGCGUCCUCACGUCCCCACGUCCUCACGUCCCUGCGUCCCCACGUCCUCACGUCCCGCCGUCGCCACGUCCCCGCGUCCUCACGUCCCCGCGUCCUCACGUCCUCACGUCCCCACGUCCCCGCCGUCCUCACGUCCACCCACGCUGGCCUCCCACCGCUGGUCAUGCCUGGGGAACCACGUAA